AUGGCGUAGCAAUAUUUUAUUAUGGUGCAAAAUGAAAAUCUUCUUUCGUAUUUCUAGUUUGUUUGACAGAUCAAAAAUGGAUAAUUGUUAACGUUUCCUUUUAAGACCUUUAAUGUAAGUUCGGUAUCUCGUGUUACCAAAGUGUCAAGGAGUAAUGUUUUAAAAGCUUAAGUACUAUGCAUAAAAAUGUUGCCUAGAAAGAGCAUCAUCCCCGAAGAGUUCGCGCUGCCAGGUCUUGUGUCUCGGAUGCCGCGCAAGCCUGUAUUCCGAGACAGGGUAAAUAAAGCUCGCUUCAUCGCCAAGAGCGGAUCCUGCAACAUUGCGCACAAGAACAUCCGCGAACAGGGAAGGUUCCUCCAGGACGUCUUCACCACGCUAGUAGAUCUGAAAUGGCGCUUCACACUUGUCAUCUUCACCAUGACCUUCCUGUGCAGCUGGCUGUUCUUCGCCAUGGGCUGGUGGCUGGUCGCCUUCGCACACGGCGACUUGGACGUCGCCGGCAAGACUAGCAUCGAUCAAUGCGUCAAGGAUGUCAACUCCUUCACCUCCGCCUUCCUGUUCUCCAUCGAGGUGCAGGUGACCAUCGGUUUCGGGGGUCGGAUGAUCACGGAGGAGUGCCCCACAGCCAUCACGGUGCUGAUCUUGCAGAACAUCGCCAGUCUCAUCAUCAAUGCCGUCAUGCUGGGCUGCAUCUUCAUGAAGACGGCGCAGUCGCACCGGCGCGCCGAGACGCUCAUCUUCAGCCGGCAGGCCGUCAUCGCUGUGCGCAACGGCCGCCUCUGCUUCAUGCUGCGUGUGGGCGACUUGCGCAAGAGCAUGAUCAUCGAGGCCACCGUGCGCCUGCAGGUGGUCCGCAAGACCACCACCCCUGAGGGCGAGGUCAUCCCCAUCCACCAGAUCGACAUUCAGACGGAGAGCGCCACCUCCAGCAACAGCAUCUUCCUGCUGGCCCCCCUCAUCAUCUGCCACGUCAUCGACAAGGACAGCCCGCUCUACGACCUCUCGGCCAUGGAGCUCCAGUGCAGCGACCUGGAGGUGAUCGUCAUCCUGGAGGGCGUGGUGGAGACCACGGGCAUCACCACCCAGGCCCGCACCUCCUACGUGGCCGAGGAGAUCCAGUGGGGGCACCGCUUCGUGCCCAUCGUGACCGAGGAGGAGGGGGUGUACUCGGUGGACUACUCCAAGUUCGGGAACACGGUGAGGGUGGCCACGCCGAGCUGCAGCGCCCGGGAGCUGGACGAGAAGCCCUCCAUCCUCAUCCAGACGCUGCAGAAGAGCGAGCUCUCCCAGCAGAACUCGCUGCGAAAGAGGAGCUCCACCCGCCGAAACAACUCCAUGAGGAAGGGCGUCUCCUUGCGCCGCAACAACUCCACCCUCUCAGUGCCCAAAGUGCAGUUCCUCACCUCCGCAGCCAGCCCCAGUCUGACGGUCACAUGACAGGAAGCCUGAGGACUCCGCCCCCCUUCACCCUGCUGAAGCUGCCACUCUCUCCUGUCUCUCACCUCCCCUCA